UAUUUCAAUGUAAAUCUUAACCUUAAAACUACCAAGACGCAUUUUGUAUUGUAGAAUCGCUAAAAGUGAUGCAAAUAUGCUAAUUUUUCAAGAAUUACUAAUUAUUAAUCAAAAUUGGAAUAAAUAAUAAGUUGAUUCCGUGAUGGGAAAUAAAAAUAAAUUUUGUCAGCACAAAGAUAUUUUUGAACGUAUGAAUUAUUUAUAUCAGGCUAGUCAUCUAAUGGCAUUAAUAGAUAGAUGUACAGCGUCUUACUUUGGUAAUAAUAUGGUAGGUUGUGCCAAAAAAGCAGUAUUACGCAUGGAACCGAAUUUAAAGAGAAGCAUAUGUAAAUGUUGUCAAACUCCACUUAUACCUGGGGAGACAGCUAGAGUCAGAUUAACAUCAAAGCCUAUAAAGAGGGUUAAAUGGACAUGUCUAACUUGUAUGCAUACUAAACGAUUUCCUACAAGAAAAGGAUACAAAUUGUGGCUUGAUCAAUCGGAAGCAAUAGUUGAAACAUUAAAUUAUGCAUCAAAACCAAAGACCGAAAAUAUUAAAAAAUCUGAUGUUCCUGAGAAAAUAAAGGAAAAAAAGGUAAAUUCUAAAAAUUUUGAAAAUGCCAGUUAGUGUAUUUCUAAAAUAAAUUCAUUUUAUAUAUAUUAACUUAGAAUUUCUGGUGUACGAAUAUUUUUUAUUAAUGACUUACAUAAAAUAUGUUACAAUAUUACAAUAAAUUUGUAAUUAAUAAACAGAUACUUUUGCUAA